AUGUUCGGCGGCGGCGCGGCCGCUCCCCCCUUGCGAGUCCCCCAGCGAAAGCGAAGCGGGCUGGGCCGUCCGGAGGGAAGCGGGGCUGAAGAAGGGGUCCCACAGCCCCUGCCUCGCUGGUCCCAAGGAAGGAAACGUGGCGCAGAUGGAAAGCGAAGAAGGCAGAACGAAUCUGAUUCAUCCAGUCUUGAUGAAAACAAGUACAGGCCUUUUGACAACAGGCAGGACAGUUUUACAACACCAGAAGGCCCUGGACCCCUUCCUCGGUGUUUGGACUGGGGAACUGCAGUGGAAGAAGAUGAAAUGAGAACCAAUGUUAACAAAGAAAUUGCAAGAUACAGAAGGAAGCUCUUGAUAAAUGAAUUUUCAAGAGAAAGGAAGUCCUCCUCUGGAAGUUCUGAUUCAAAGGAGUCCAUGGUAACAGUAGAACUUGAGACGGAUGAAGUGGUUUUGAUGAGAAGACAAAAACAGAUAAACUAUGGGAAAAACACAAUUGCAUAUGAUAGAUACAUUAAAGAAGUUCCUAGAUGCCAUCGUAUACCAGGAGUUCAUCCCAGAACGCCAAAUAAAUUUAAGAAGUACAGCCGUAGGUCAUGGGACCAGCAAAUUAAACUAUGGAAGGUUGCAUUGCAUUCCUGGGAUCCCCCUACUGAAGAAGGAUGUGAUCUGCAAGAAAUUAGUCCUGUUGACCUUGGUGAGAUGGAGACAGAAUCUGUUGGAAGCAAUUCUACUGAAUCUCAAACCAGCAGUCAAGAUAAUGAUGGCACCUGUUCUGGCACUCCCACCAAAGUUAGACAUGUUGACUAUCAAGCAGAAGGUGAAUUUGACUUGGAAGUGUGUUUGAGUGAACCACUUAAAGAUUUCGAUACUGUGAGUUAAAUAAUCACGCCUGAACUGUUUUAGAGGAAGUUUCUUUUAAAUUUGAGA